AUGCCCGCAGUUCUGGAGACUCUAGUGCAAGGGACCACCGUUGCGCGAGAGCAACUCGAAUCAAUGGUUUCACAGGCCGGGAGAGAAGUGUUGGAGGCCUCUUCGACUCUUGUGAAGCGGAUAGAGAUCCCAAUAAACAAGACGAGCCCCCAGGGACUUAUUGACGCCGCCCAUCAGGAUCCAUGGAGUCAAAGUGGAAAGUACGCAUUAGCCUAUGUGUACUUUUGCAUACCUCUUCUCGCCUUUGCGUGUUUCAUUCGAUAUUACCAUCUGUUCACAGAUAAGAUCCGGUCGGCGCUGCACCAAGAAGAGGUACAGAAAUCCUCGGCAACCUCCUCUCCAGACACAGACUACGAGAUGUCGGUACUGUAUACUGACAAAUCCACAAUGAAGUUCUUUCCCCGUGAAGGUCCUCUGCCAGGCCCUCAACAGACGCAGUCAUCCGUCUCCUCCGUUGGCCCCAUCAAUAACUGUAUCGCCUUUUUCCGAUUCAUAUUCUAUCGACCAAUACGCCAGAUCCAGGUUCGCAAAGGAUGGAGGCCAAUCGUCUUUCCUUCUUUAAGCGUAUGCUUAAUCGUAACAGCUGCCUUCGCUUUAGGCAUGCUGUACUGUUUUCUCCCACAACCACUUUUCCGAGAGAGCAUCAGAUAUGGAUCGCCGCCCUUGGCGAUCCGAGCCGGCAUGAUGGCCGUCGCAUUGAUGCCCUGGAUCGUUGGUCUGAGCAUGAAGGCCAACAUGAUUACUCUUAUUACAGGAAUUGGCCACGAAAGGCUUAAUGUGUUGCAUCGCUGGGGUGCUUACAUUUGCCUUGCACUGAGCAUCAUUCACACCGUACCAUUCUAUAUUACCCCAAUCUGGGAUAAAGGGGCGAGACAUGUCUUCGAGUCGUUCUUCGCCACCGAGGGCUUUUAUGCAUACGGCACGGGCAUUGCUGCACUCGUUCCCCUUGGGUUUCUUUGCCUUCACUCACUCUCUCCUCUACGCCAUCGCAUGUACGAACUCUUUGUAACACUGCACGUUCCGGUUGCGAUUGUCUUCCUCGCCAUGUUGUUUUGGCAUUGCCAUAAUUACCUUACUUCGUGGCACUACCUGUUCGCGACACUCGCCAUAUGGCUCACUUCUUACAUCAUGCGCCUCUUUUAUCUCAACUGGACCCACCCUUUCAGGAUGUCUUGGCUAGUCGGUGAUGAGGCUGCUGUGACGAUCAUGCCUGAAAAUGCCAUCAAGAUCACUAUUCCCACCCAGAAGAAAUGGAGGCCUGGACAGUAUGUCUACCUUCGCAUGCCGGGCAUUUCUGUCUUCGAAAACCAUCCUUUCACAAUUGCCUCGCUCUGCGACGAAGACUUUCCUUCGGAGUAUGGCCCAGGAUAUCGAGACAUGGUUCUCGUAUUCAGGCCAUUCGGCGGGUUUACGAGGAAGGUAUACCAAAAAGCCUUGGAACAUGGACCUUGGCACACCUACCGCGCUUUUAUCGAUGGCCCGUACGGUGGCAUGCAACGGAGAUUGGAAGCGUUCGACGACGUUGUUCUCAUUGCUGGAGGUAGUGGUAUUACUGCCAUCAUUUCGCAGCUUCUCAUGCUUAUCAAGAAAAUGCGCGACGGAAAGGCAGCGACGCGCAACAUACACGUUAUCUGGGCACUGAAGCGACCGGAAACUAUGGAAUGGUUCAAGGAAGAGUUGCGAAUUUGUCGUGAAUUUGCGCCGCCAGAUUCCGUUCAAUGUCAGUUCUACAUUACAGCCGCAAAACGCAUGGCUGGCGGUCAAUUGGUCAGCGCAAAGACUCCGACCAGGCCCGUCAGCAUGUUCUUUCACGACAAAGUAAAUGACGCUUUCCAAAAUAUUGCGGAUCAUCGGGACCCACGGGAUCAUCGCAUCUCCGGUAUUUCGACUAAGCGACAUUCUGCCUUGAUCAGGGAUGAGGCAAAGGGUGAUCCCGAAAGAGAAAAGGAACUACGUCGCGAGAAUGAGGACGCAAUCACCGCGUUGCCUCAAGCGCAUCUAUUACCCGUUAACAGGAAUCUAUCUCGCCCCAGCUUACACAGCAAUCACUCCAACCCCAGCCUGGAGGCACCAUCUCCUCAAUCGUUAGCAGCACGCCGCAUGGACCGCAAUCUGAGUCUCGACAUCUCCCAGGCUGUCGAAGCUGGUAGCGGCGCCUUCAACCCGGAUGUUAUUUCUCCAAGCGGCAACGGACAAGGUAUCCAAGGAUUCGACUUCGGCUUCCCAUCGACUCCGACCGAAUUCCAGAAGAACCUCAUGCGCUUUGCUUUCUUGCCCGCAGCCGUGAAAAAGAAGGAUGGCUGGAGUACCGAAUACGGACGACCAGAUAUACCGUUCACCCUCCGCCAACUAAGCAAGAACUUCGGGCGGAGAACGUGCGUUUUUGUUUGCGGUCCUCCAAGCAUGCGCAUUGCCGUUAGUGAUACGGUCGCAGAGCUACAACGGAGCGUCUGGAACGACAGCGCAAGGGACGAGAUAUUCCUGCAUGCAGAGAACUACGCUCUGUAA